AUGAUACCGACAGUGAGAUUUUAUUCGCCACACCGAUUCUGGGUUGUUUCUUCUUCUUUUGGUCUUUUUCUUCAUCCUAAUCUUGCAGGGUAGUGUAAACUUCGAAGACUAUAUUGUGAAUUUUUGGAUUAUCAGUAAUCAAAUGAGAUAUUUGGACAUUGAAAUGCAGCAAAAUGUAAGUGUCCUUGAAACUCGUCAAUUGUUCUUAAACUCAUUUUUUUGUAGGCGGACGUGUACGAGAUUCAACAAUUCAUUAUCCAGAACUUUUUCACAAUCUGUUACAACGUAAUGUGUAAACAAGAGAGUGUGAAUUCUUACAGAAAUACGGUAUUAUUUUUUUUCUUAUUUCUCUUCAAACCAAUUCUGAAACAUCCAGUUUAGAGAAUCCGAUCAUUUCUAAAGGAUCUUCAAGUCUCCAAGAGGUUAAGAAAUCAAUUUAAUUGGUACGAUGCAUUCCCCUCAAAACAUUGGCCAAUAUUUCAUGAACUAAUCGUUGAAUGCGAACGGCAGGGACUUCUGGUUGUACUGACCGACGAUGUGCCGAUGACGGAAAUGCAAGUAAUGCUGAUGCUUUCCUUCAAUAGUUGAAGUGAACAUUCUCAGAUCUUUCCUAACUCUCACUUCCGAACUGAUUGUUGGUGGCCCUCGAACAUGACCAAAAAACAAAUGGAUGACUCACUGUUGGCAGUUGUCUUUGGUGUUCCUCUCAUCUCAAUCAUUCUACUUUGGUUCAAUUCGUUUUACCUUUAUCUCUGUUCCAUCUGGAUCAUUGGCUUCAUCCCGUUUCUAAUACCUUCAUUCAUCUCUUUUUUUGCAAUGUGCUUGUUUUUAUCCGACAAUCCCGAGAGUAUCUCACCAGUUUUCUAUGUUGCUUUCAUUGUAGUCUCCUAUUAUUUUUUCCCAUUCGAAUUCUUCUAUUACAAUCUUUUCCACAUUGGUCUUUGGAUUCUCUUCAAAUCUUUCUACAUCAUAUUAUUCAUUGUGGUUCUAUUCCAGAUAGAUUCUCUUUUCGAAAAUUACCAAAAUGAUAACUUUACACUCGUUUUUGGAAGUGUAAAUAUAUUUGAUUAACUUUCCAUACGUUUCACCCAUAUUUUCUUACAAUGUUUGUUCUAAACAAUGUUGUGUACAGCAAUGAAUGUCAAGAGUCCAGACCUCGGCAGCUUUCUGCCCAUUCCUGGUUGAAUUCCAAUUGUUCUAUAUCUUUUGCAAACGAUCUCCAUAUCUCUCUACAAAUGCGUUCAGAAAAAGACCGUGCACCACGACUCAGAGAGAUUGUGUUGAUGAUCGUCAUAAACAAUUUUAAUCAUAACAAUGACCCCUACGUUCCUGCGUAUUGCUCACUCUUAUCUUCUCAUUUUCCGUGUAAUUGUUUUCUUUUAGACGUGUAUCGAGCAAGCAAGGACUACACUGCUCGAACUGACAUUCAGCGUUCGACAGACUUGAAACCGACCAGCGAAAUAAAGCAAGAAAGUGAUAGAUUGUGACGAGAAGCUUUACAUCAAAUUUGUUCAUCGUAUGACUUGCCAAUAAUAGGAAUUUCCGUUUCCCUUAUCAUUUUUGUUGCCGAAUGACAUUGCAAACAGUGUAAUCAUUAGGAAGAAUGCGAGUGUCGAAAUAUUCAUUGCUAAUACUAAUUUCUCUUCAUCUCGUUGCUUAUUUUCUCUCACUCCGUCCCUUAAUGGUUUUCUCGCUAACAAGUAGCCGGUAUUAGUUGCCGAUCAAGACUUUGGUAGAACAUGUCCUUGCAUAGUCUUUAUUCAUAAUUUGAUUCUUCGCCUCUAUGUACAUAUAGAUGCUCCUACUAUUAAUCGUUCCUUUUUUCUCUUUGCCAACCUGAAGUCUUAAUGCAAAUAAAUUAAAACUCAAAUUCGAAGUAUCAUUUUACAUACAUUGCAAGCAAUUAGGAAGAAUUCCAGUGUCAAAAUAUUCAUUGCUAAUUCUUGUUUCUCUCUCUCUCUCUCUCUCUUUUGUUUGAGCAGAGAGGAAAAGAAGAGGGAGCACUAUGAGAGAAAACAGGGGUUGGACGAAUAGGCAAUGAGGACCAUGGGCUCGGUGAAAGAGAAGUAAAAUGCUUCGAGGAGGAAUGUUUCGAGGAGAACUACGUGAGGUCCGUUCAGAGAGUGCAGACUGUGAAUCAACGGUUGCUCGGUCCCAUUGUGACCAUCAAUCAGGUCAGUUCACUGACCCAAUGACAGCAAAUUAACGAUUAUUUCAGUUACAAAACAUUCACAAUCUCACGGAAAAGUUGCGAAAGGAACAGUUGCAAGGAAGUAUGUUUUCAAGAAAUCUAUAAUUUGUGAAUAUAUCCCAUUUCCAGGAAUCGUGCGUAGCAAUAAGGAGGAAUGUUCUCGAUGAUUUGGUGGGAGACUUGGAGGCCAUCAAGACGUUCCAAAAUUCAGUAAUAGCGAAUGAUGAAGUGCGCAAGGUAACAUUUCGAUUAAUUUCACAAGACAACGCUGAUUCAGGGGAAAGCAGUCGAAAUCGACGAGAAAAUCUUAGAUUACAUCACUGCUACGCACGAACUGGAGGGCUUCAUAAAGUGUUUCGACGGAUCCCCUGAGUUGAUACUCGAAAAGGUUAUCUUGACUGCGAAGAUGCAUAAGGAAUUGACCGCGCUCUGCAAUUCGGUUCCAGCAGCCAAAACUGGCGAUCACACUAUGAACGCACUCCGCAAGGCUAUCAGUACGACGUUCGAGGAGAAACUGAAACGGCAGACGGAGAAGGAGUCGGAAAAAGCUCCGGAUCCAGAGGCGAUCGAUGAAGAGAAGAACCAUCCUUCGACCUCUUAA